AUGGCAUCUGUACAUAUCCAUAGUCAACCGAAAGGAUUAACAAGACUCUACGCUAAUGCACUAAAGUUAUACCGAGCUGUAUACGUGCUAUUUAACUGGAUAGAAGGUUUCCUUUGCAAGGAAACACUAACCCAAGGUUCUCCUCGUGUUAACCUUUGCACCAUUCUUAUUGAAAGGUAUAUUAAUUUUACAGGUUUAAGCAAGUUGUUUGCUGAAUGCUUGAUUAAACAUCCAAAUAUAUAUUCAAAUGCAAUCACAGCAUGUUCAAAAAAUUUUAAAUCAUGUAGGACAAAAGAAGCUGCCAAAGAAUGUAAUGAAAUAUGUUUAGACAAAAAUGCUGAGUGUAGAAAUUUAAGUGGUAUUACUUGCUGGGAAGAUUAUAAGAGUUGUACAGAAAAAUGCAAUGAAUAA